AUGGCUGCUAUUCCCGCUGACGGCACAUGGUUUGAUACCAUCAAGAGAUCCUUCGCUGAUGUUCCUAUCGGCGCGGAUGAUGGCAUCUCCACUACCGAGUUCCUCGAGGCCGCUGAGUCGCUCGUGACUCUCUUUGAUGUCCUCGGUUCCGCCGCUUUCACCCCUGUCAAGAACGACUUGCUUGGCAACAUCAAGAAAGUCCGUGAGCGUCAAUUGGCAGCUCCUGCGGAGUCCGAGACCCUGCAGGCCCUUGUGGUGAAUGAAUUGAAGACCGGCAAGCACGUUGCCGCUGAAGGUCUGGUCUGGUUGAUCCGUGGUCUCGACUUCACCGUCCAAGCCCUUCGUCACAACAUCGACAACGCCUCCGCAGAGCUGUCAGACUCCUUCCGUGGGGCUUACGGCAACACCCUCAAGCCCCAUCACAGCUUCCUUGUGAAGCCCAUCUUCAGCGCAGCCAUGUCAGCGACCCCAUACCGUAAGAACUUCUAUCCUAAAUUGGGUCAGGACCAGGCCAAGGUUACCGCCGAGAUGACGAAGGAGGUCGCUGCUCUGGAGAAGGUGGUCAGCAUUAUCAAGGCUUUCCAGGAUACCAAGGCUGCGAAGUGGUAG